AUGGGCAUGCCAAGCCAAGCCCGUUCUUCUUCUCUUUUCUGUCUCCCGUCACCUCCUUCCAAUCUCUCUCUUCCCAUUUCUUCUCCAAGCCAACGUGCACCAUUAUCCAAUGAACUAAUGAUGCUUAUUGCCUGGCAUGGCAUGGUAUGUCUAUGUGGUAUGGUGCAUGCAUGUUGCCUGGAGUGCAUGGGGGAAGAGGAAGGGGGUUGGGUUGGGAAGGGGUGGGAAGCAGUGGGGAGGGGUGGAGUGGAAGGGAGUGGGGCGAGAUGGGGUGGGAAGGAGUGGGAAGGGGUGGGGUGGAUUGGUGGAAAUUGGGGGGCGUAUGGGUGGUGGUGUGCAGGGCGGCCGCUGUUUUACCGCGAAUCCAAACGGGACGAGAUUCGCCGGACGUUUCACGAGCCCGUGCCACCCAAGCCAAGGACGGUGCAGGGUGUAGUAGAGGGGGUGGUGUUAUCAGCAGCGAAUGGUAUCUCUUCCCUCUGGAAACGACGCACUCCUGAUAAGAAGUGCCUCAUUCUCGCUGCUCCAGACACACAGCUGCCCAUGCAGCAGCAGCAGCAACAGCAGCAACUGGUGUCGUCAUCAGCAGACGUGCUCAAGGAGUGGCGGGCCGAGGAGGUGAAAGAGGCCAUCCCCAUCGUGUUUGUCACCAGUCACGUGCCUAACGAGCCUCACCACCCGGCUCUUGUGGUCAUUGAACAGCCUGAACGAUCUCGUAUACAUGGUGGGGCCCAAUCCCAACCUAUAGCACCGGUCUUCCUCCUCAUCCUCUGCUCACCUUCCCCUCCUGCUCCCCUUCCCCUCCUGCUCACCUUCCCCUCCUGCUCCCCUUCCCCUCCUGCUCACCUUCCCCUCCUGCUCCCCUUCCCCUCCUGCUCCCCUUCCCCUCCUGCUCCCCUUCCCCUCCUGCUCACCUUCCCCUCCUGCUCCCCUUCCCCUCCUGCUCCCCUUCCCCUCCUGCUCCCCUUCCCCUCCUGCUCCCCUUCCCCUCCUGCUCACCUUCCCCUCCUGCUCACCUUCCCCUCUUGCUCACCUUCCCCUCCUGCUCACCUUCCCCUCCUGCUCCCCUUCCCCUCCUGCUCACCUUCCCCUCCUGCUCCCCUUCCCCUCCUGCUCCCCUUCCCCUCCUGCUCCCCUUCCCCUCCUGCUCCCCUUCCCCUCCUGCUCCCCUUCCCCUCCUGCUCCCCUUCCCCUCCUGCUCCCCUUUCCCUCCUGCUCCCCUUCCCCUCCUGCUCCCCUUCCCCUCCUGCUCCCCUUCCCCUCCUGCUCCCCUUCCCCUCCUGCUCCCCUUCCCCUCCUGCUCCCCUUCCCCGGCCCCACUUCCCCUUCCCAGGCGCGGAGUACGACCUGGUGGUGUACGUGGUGGGGCCCAACCCCAACCUCAAGCACCUGCUUCCCUCCCCUGCCUUUCCUCACCUUUUGAGGCGCCUCAAAAUUGCGGGUAGAGAGACGAAUUUUGAGGCGCCUCAAAAUUGCGGUCUGAACGACCUGGUGUACGUGGUGGGGCCCAAUCCGAACCUGAAGCACCUGUCAGCACUGGGAGUGACCAUCGAGGGGCGCAACGAGUACAACGACACGUGCGCCUGGCUGGCUGUGAGUUGCUGGCUUUCUAAGGGUGGAUCUUUGGGGUUUCUCGUGGGAGUGACCAUUGAGGGACACAACGAGUAUGACGACAUGUGCGCCUGGCUCGCUCGCAAGAUGGGAGUAACGCGAAUAGAGGUGGCGCGGCCAUGGAUCCUCGCUGCGUUCAUGGAGCGCCACAACUUCUCUCGAGUGCUCUCCCUCUCCAUAGACGUCAUGCUCUAUGUCAACGUCUCCCAGAUGGUCGCAUGGAUGUAUCCAUCAUCCAAGAUGGUGCUGCCCGUGCGAUGGCCCUCCAUGCAGCCGCCCCCUCUCCCCUCGCAGUACACCUCAACUGCAGUCUCCAACCAUGCAGCCCUGUGGCACAUUGAUGCUCUGAAGGACUUCCUAGCCUUGUACAAGCAGAUCUGGUCCAUGGCGCUGUUCGGGGGGCGUCCAGGUUCGGCGCACCUGAUGCGCAAGAAGGAGUACAGCGAGAUGACCAUGCUGGGGUGGUACACGUGGAGCGAGUGCUGGACCAACGACAAGCUCGACCCGCCCUGCAUGGCCGAACCUGUCACUGGCGUCAGUGCCAAGCUGGCCUACCGGCUGCGCCGCACGCGCUUCCGCCCCAAGUUUCUGGUGGAAUCCCUCUGCCAGCCGAGGGCGUGCCACAACUCCUCGUGGUCCGACGAGGGGCUGUGCGUGUGGGACAACAACUUCUCCGUUGCCACGCCCUCGCACUUUUUCCGAUUCGCCCCCACGCGCGGCGACAAGUGCCCCAGCAGCAAGCUGUAUGAGCACUUCCACGCGUGGAUGGGGCAGGUGCCUCGCAAGAAUGUUCAAUUCCUGGCUGUGAACUUCCAGGGCAGUCGGAGGGACUACUUGAAGCUCGAAGAUCCCGACCCUGCGAAAACAUGGGGCAGCGCUGUCUUCUGA